AUGGCGGAUGCUCAACAACAGCAUGCUCCUGGUGGACACUACUCGGGUUCUAACAAGAUCCCGACCAUCAAUCAGUUCAUCGAGAAGCUCGAUCGCGACAAGGCUACGCGCGACAAGCAGAUUGACGAGCAAAGGAAAGCUCAGGCUUCUCAAAGGGCGAAUGGCGAUGCGGUUCCUCACCAGCAGUCAUCGAAACUAGAGGCAAAGGAGAACCAGCAAAAGGUCACGGAUCCGACGACUGGAAAGGAGGUCGUAAUCGAAGAUGUCAACCAGGACAUGAUCGACGCGGCAAAGAAUCCUAUGCUAUCUGUCCCUAAUGCCAACCUGGACAAGCCUACAACUGUCAAGACAGACCCCUCGCAGUCGAUGGAAGAGUACAAGCACAACCAAGAUGUGACUGCGCCUCCGGAUCCCGUUGCUGAAGGUAGCACCUCAGACGUACCCAUCCAUGGCGAGAAGACCAACAUUCUAUUCCACCCUACACCCUCGGUCAGCUAUGAACCUUUCUUCGCCGCUAUGGAGAAGAGGGCCACUGGCCUUUGUAUCGGUGUCUUUCUCGGUAUUGUCUUUGUCGGAAACAUCUUCGGUGGCUCUCUUAAAGGACUGAUCCCUCUGGCUAUGUGCAUUGCGUCUGGUAUCUUCCUCUGGGCCAAAGAGGUGAUCCGCAGCGGCAGGGAGGUUGAGUGGGACAGCGAGAAGAUCAGAGGCAGAACUGCCACUGCCAACCUUCUCCCCGAAUCAGUCGAAUGGAUGAACACUCUGCUUGGAGUCGUUUGGGGUCUCGUCAAUCCGGAUAUGUUCCAGAGCGUCGCCGAUACCCUCGAAGACGUCAUGCAAGCAUCUGUCCCCGGUGUCAUUGAGAACGUCCGUGUCGCCGAGAUCAACCAAGGCAGCAACCCUAUCCGUAUCCUCAGUCUGCGUGCUCUUCCCGAUGAGCAUAUGAAAGAGAUGAAGAACGCGAUCCACGAGGAGAACAAGAAGACCAAAGACCCUCAGGAGGCUGCUGCUGACGAAGAGGGUGGUGACUACUACAACCUCGAGGUCUCAUUUGCAUACCAUGCUGCUCCCUCUGGGAAGAGAGCCUCCGACAGAGCCAGAAACAUGCACAUGCAACUGGUCUUCUAUCUUGGCAUCAAGGGUCUGUUCGGCAUCCCUCUUCCCAUCUUUGUUGAGCUUCAGGAACUUGUUGGUACCGUCAGACUGCGCAUGGCCAUGACUCCCGAACCCCCAUUCCUCAAGACUCUGACAUUCACUCUCAUGGGUGUUCCCCACGUUCAAGCUGGAUGUAUUCCCAUGAUCGAGAAGGGUGUAAACAUUCUCAACCUUCCUCUCAUCUCGAACUUUGUCAACUAUGCCAUUGGCGCCGCCGCUAGUAUGUACGUUGCGCCCAAGUCCAUGUCUCUUGACAUGAGAGCCAUCCUUCAAGGCGACGACAUCACCAAGGAUGUUCAGGCUCUCGGUGUCAUGUGGAUUCGCAUCCACCGCGCUGUUGGUCUCAGCAAGCAGGAUAAGCGUGGCAGCAAGCACGGAGGAAGUGACCCAUAUAUCACUCUUUCCUUCUCCAAGUACGGAAAGCCCAUGUAUUGCACUCGUGUCAUCACAGACGACUUGAACCCCAUCUGGGAAGAAACUGCUGCCCUCCUCGUAACUCCCGAACUUAUCAAGGCCGACGAGAACUUGAGUGUUGAACUUUGGGACUCAGAUCGCCACACUGCUGAUGACAUUGUCGGCAAGGUCGAGUUGUCAAUGCAAAAGAUGAUCCAGCACCCUGGUAAGAUGUAUCCUCAAGUUUCCAAGCUUGCCGGUAUGGACUCCGACAGCGAGAUGCCUGGAGAACUUCACUGGGAGGUUGGCUUCUUCGGCAAGCCCCAAUUCAGACCCGCUCUUCGCACUGAUGGAAAGAACCACGGACUCCCUGAAAACCUCCGCGACAAACCCGAGCUUCAAGAUGAGAAGGGUGUGGCCAACACUGACACCGAUGACGCUGUCCAGCACACUCCCCCAGACCCCCUCUGGCCCAGCGGUGUGUGCAGUAUCGUCGUCCACCAGAUUGUCAACCUCCAACUCGAUAAUAUCAAGGGUACAGAAGGCAGCCGUAAGGGCAGAGAGUACGAACCUGCUAAGCCUAGCGGCGAGGGCACUGACGAAGAAGGUGACCAGCUUCCCACCAGUUAUUGUACCAUUCUCUACAACGACGAGCUGGUUUACAGAACUCGUGCCAAGGCUGUCAGCAGUCAACCUAUCUUCAACGCUGGUACCGAGCGCUUCAUUCGCGACUGGAGAUCUGCCGUCAUCACUGUUACUGUCCGUGAUUCCCGCAACCGCGAACACGAUCCCAUUCUCGGUGUCGUGCCUCUUAAGCUUUCCGAUGUCAUGGAGACCAGCUCGCAAGUCACCAGAUGGUACCCUCUUGACGGCGGCAUCGGUUUCGGUCGCAUCCGUAUCUCGCUCCUCUUCCGCAGCAUCGAAACUCGUCUUCCACCCAACAUGCUUGGAUGGGACGUUGGUACCUUCCAAUUCCUCUCCGAGAAGAUCACUGCAACUGGCUACACUCACCAUGCUAAACUUAAGAUGCGUACUGGAGGUUCCGUUGGUAAGCUGCCUCGCACACAAUGCCACAAGGUCAACAAUGGCCUUGAGUGGGAGGUUCAGCACAACGAGAAGAAGGAGCCUAUUCGCCUCCCCGUCAAGUACCGCUAUCGCAGUCCUAUCGUCUUUGAGUUCCACGUUUCUGGCAAGCGCAAGGCGGAUGCUCAUGCUGUCCUCUGGCUGCAGCACCUGAUUGACAACGAAUCUACCGAGAUUGAUAUCCCCAUCUGGCGCACGUCAUCUCCUGCAAGACUGACUCAGAACUACAUUACCGAAGAGAACGCAAACAAGGACAUGGCUGGACUGGAUGACCUCGAGGAGAUUGGUCGUCUUAAGUUUACCGGUCGCUUCAAGGCCGGUAUGGACGAGAGCCACGAGCAAUUUGUUGCCGACAACGAGUCCCGCGAGACCUACGAGAGUUGGGAGGCGUGUCUCGCCGAGGGUGUUCGUACAAGACUGGUGGAGAAGGAGAUGCCCGAUCGCGUCCAAGCACUACACGAGAAGUCCCUGACCGAAGGCCGCGAUAUCCUGAAGGAGGAGGACUCAGAUGAGAAGGAGAAGUGGCUUAGCAAGGAAGGUACUGAUUGGAGCGGUGCAUUCGGUCAAGAUCCCAAGGCAUAUGUGGACUCGUCAGGUAGAAAGCGCCGCGAGCCUGGAGCUGAGCCUCCUCUCCACGACCCCCACAACCCUAGCUCCGACGACGACUCCUCCGACAACGACGACUCCUCUGACGAUCUAGGUAUCAUGGAUGCUCAGAACUCGGAGAACCGUGGUGGUAAUGGUGGCGAGAGAGCAGGCAGACAGUCAUACGCUACUGAUACUACUGGCGGCCGAAGCUCCUACGACUCCUAUGCAGGCACCAACUCGACCUUCUCAGAUCCCAACACUGGAAGCAGUGGCAAGGACGUCAACAAGCAAAACAAGCGCACUGAGGAGCGCAAGCAACGUGGUUUGAUGCAGUGGAAGCCCGCUCGCAACCUCAAGUUCGCAAAGGAUGAGGGCAAGAUUGGCUUGAGGAAGAUCAAGAACAAGUUGACGGGAGGACUCAAUGGAAGACAGCCUGGUGUGGAGACUGAGACUGGAAAUUGA